AUGGCGCCCAUUCUGAGCACAAAGAAAGCAUUUUUCGCCGAGUUGCAGGAUGGCCAGCUCCUCGCCUGGGGAGCCCCCACCCACGGCGGUGACAUCAGUGAAGUGAAGUCCACACUGGAGAGCGUGGGCGUGCAGGGAGCCUGGAGCAAUGAGGCUGCUUUUCUUACCUUGCUCAAGAAUGGCCAGUGGCUUGCAUGGGGACAAGUGCGGACCGGCGGCGACAUAAGCGGCGUGAAACCCACACUUGACAGCGUGGGAGUGAAAGGACUCUGGCACACUGGUUGCGCCUUUCUUGCCGAGCUAAAGGAUGGCCAGUUCCUUGCCUGGGGAUUGAGCACUCAUGGUGCCGACAUCAAAGCUGUAAAGCCUGCACUGGAGAGUGUGGGAGCGAAAAGAGUCUGGAGCAAUCAGGGUGCCUUUCUCGUGGAACUCAAGAACGGCCAGUUCCAUGCCUGGGGAAUGGCACAGUGCGGCGCCGACAUCCGUGCGGUGAAGUCUGAACUGGAAAGCUCGGGAGUGAAAGCGAUCUGGAACACGAAUUCCGCCUUUCUCGCAGAGCUCAAGGACGGUCAGUUCUUUGCUUGGGGAAAUGAAAAAGAUGGCGGGGACAUGAUCAGUGCGGUGAAGUCCACAUUGGAGAGUGUGGGUGUCAGAAGAGUUUGGAGCAAUUCCUUUGCCUUCCUUGUCCAGCAGAAGGACGGCCAGUUCCUUGCCUGGGGGCGUGGGUCAAACGGCGCCGACAUCAGUGCCGUGAAACCAAUGCUGGACGUGGGAGUGCGCGGAAUCUGGAGCACCAACGAGGCCUUCCUCGCUUCUCUCAAAGAUGGCCAGUUCAUUGCAUGGGGAGAUGCAGCUCACGGUGGCAACAUCAGUGAUGUGAAGCCCGCACUAGAGACCACGGGAGUGAGAACUGUCUGGAGCACGGGGCAUGCAUUCCUCGUCCAGCUCAAGGAUGGUAAGUUCCUGGGCUGGGGACCUGCGAUUUCCGGUGGUGACGUGCGCGGCGUGCAGCUCGCACUUGAGACGGUGGGACUGACUCAACGUGUCCGAGGUCUUCGGGUGCCCAAGGUGUGGAAGGCACCACCACCUGGUGCUGCCUCGGGGUCUGCCUUUGCCGCCGUCAAGCAUUUUCUCUUCGGGGAGUCCGACCCUUCCCACGCUGAAGCCGCUGAAGCCGCUGAAACCGCUGAAGCCGCUGAAGACCCACUCUCCCUGGCUUUCCCAGAGGACUUUUACAUGAAUGACUUCUCUGUUCGAGAAGCUUCGGUGAAGGUGAGGGGCGCGGAGACGGCCGCCGUCGUCAAGACCAUGCGACUGCACGAGCCCGACACUGAGAAGUUGGCAGAGCGGCUGCGACAGAUCAAGGGCAUCCAGGGGCUUCAGCACGAUAGCCUUGUGAAGAUCUUCGACGUAUACGCCGUCAAGCCAACGAUGAUACGUGCCUUUGACUAG